AUGGCUUCCUACACCGCCGCACUGAUUCUUUUGGCUACAUUGUUUGUGGCUUCCACCGUCGCUCAAUCUCCAGCAUCAUCUCCGACCAGAUCGCCGGUUGCGUCUCCACGUAAGUCUUCUCAGUCUCCGUCUCCAGCUGUUUCUCCAUCGGUUUCACCUUCCGUGCCUGUGAAGAACGCUGCCUCCCCGUCACCUUCCGCCGUCAACUCUCCACCAUCUCCUCCUGUUUCUCCCGCCUCCACUCCUGCUGUUACUCCGUCAGCGAUCUCUUCUCCUCCAUCUCAAGCACCAUCACCUUCUGCAAACAGCGCUGCUUUGAACAGAUUCACCGUCGCCGGAUCUGCCGCCGUUGUGGUUUUCGCUGCUGCUUUGAUGAUGUAG